AUGCCCUUGCCCAGUUUGUCCCCUGCCGGGUCAGCCAACGAGAGCAGCCCAGAGGUCCAAGAGGACAGCCUGGCUGCUGCCAAAACAGAGGGAGCCUUGUGGCCUGCAAGCCAGGGCUUGCCUUCUGCAAGCAUCAUGGCACCUCCAGCUGGCAACGAGGGCCAGUCCUCUAGUGGGGAUGUGGAGUCUCAGGAAUGCCUGGAGUCCCAAUCUCCCAAAGGGGCAGAGAAGGCAGAGGUGGAGUCUGACCAGGAGGAGAACCUCGUUCCUCUCUCGCAGCUGACUCCCUACAUCUCCUGUUACAUUUGCAAAGGCUACUUAAUAGAUGCAGCAACCAUCACAGAAUGUCUCCAUAGCUUCUGUAAAAGCUGCAUCAUAAAACAUUUUGAACAUAACAACAAAUGUCCAAAGUGCAACACUGUGGUGCAUGAGGCCAAACCUCAAAAUAGCCUGAGGUUGGAUCCACAAUUACAAAACAUAGUGUACAAAUUGGUGGCAGGUCUAGAGGAAAAAGAAAAAAAGCAAAGACGUGAAUUCUACAAAGGAAAUUGUCUGGAAACACCCAAACCUGCUGCUGUUCUGCAGCCAGGCCCUUCAAGCGAAGGGAGCACUAAAAAAGUAGAAUAGUGCCUUAGUUCACAUGAACCUGAUAUCCUGGAGGCUAUGGGCACUAAUGCAGACAUUGGACAUUGUAAACCACUGAAGAUAAAGUUUGUGCGAGUCUCAGGACAUGCAACCACUGGACAUAUAGAAAAACUUCUCAAAAGAAAAAUGGACCUUGCUGCAGCUUAUAGGGUAGAUAGCAUGUGCGGUGGGCAGUUGCUGAAGGACUUUCAAACUCUGCAAGAAGUCCAGUGUACAGUAGGGGAUGCUGGGAUGCAGGACGGUCAGCUAGUCCUUUAUUACAGUGUUGUGCUGUCUCCUCCCAAUGUGACUCUCUAG